AUGCCUACUUCCAACAGCCUUAAACGACAUGCUACACAUUUAUCAACUACUGUUGCCAGCACGAAACGGUCCAAACCCAACCAGACAAUCACAUCAUUCUUCAAAGCAUCAACUGAAAAAGGCGAAAAUGAUUCUAACAUCGGGCCUGGUCUCGCGAAAUUCAACAAAGAAGAAUGGGUCCAGUCAUUGACUAGCGAACAGAGAGAAUUGCUGAAGUUGGAAAUUGACACACUGGAAGACAGCUGGCUUGCUCAUUUAAAGGAUGAACUUCUAACCAAGGAGUUCUUGAAUUUGAAGCGAUUUCUGCUCAAGGAAAUAGCUUCAGGAGUCGAAGUUUUCCCUCCUCUUUCUGAUGUUUACUCUUGGUCGAGGCACACGCCACUGCAUACAGUCAAAGCUGUGAUCCUUGGCCAGGAUCCAUACCACGGUUAUGGACAAGCUCAUGGUCUUUGCUUUUCGGUUCGCCCCCCGACAGUUGCGCCCCCGUCCUUGCAAAACAUAUACAUCGCACUUAAAAAAGACUACCCUGCUUUCCAAGCCCCACCAAACAAAGGCGGCCUCCUCACCCCCUGGGCCAAUCGGGGAGUUUUGAUGCUCAACACUUGCUUGACUGUCCGUGCUCGUUCUCCAAACAGCCAUUCCCAGCAAGGAUGGGAGCACUUGACACAAAAAGCCAUCGACAUAGUUGCUAAAGUUCGAUCUCGUGGUGUUGUCUUCCUUGCCUGGGGUAAGCCAGCUGCAAAGCGCGUUGCCAACAUAAACCGUGAAAAACACUAUGUUUUACAAUCAGUCCACCCCAGUCCACUAAGUGCACAUCAUGGAUUUCCUACAAUCAUGAUCUCUUUUCCUGUGGGCGAGGUAUUGAAACAAGUUGGUCAGUCGAUAAAUCAGAAUGAACCUGAGAAACGAGUCGACUUCGACAAUCACAUUGUCCGCUGGAAUGAAGUGAUACAGAAGUCCGCCGCAGUGCUUUGUGAUAGCAAUGGUGAGACAAUGCUAAGGCCUCCAAAGUCUGCUAAGAAGAAGGAGGUCCUACGACAAAUCGCGUUGGAGAAUGUUCGUGUUUUGAAUGAGCAAGAUUCACAAAAGAGAGCUGGUUUGCCGAUCCGGACACAAUAUAAUCCAUCAUCGUUGCCAACUCCGUCACCUUUGUCUAUGGAAGUACGGCAGAAGCUGAAAGAGAAUCUUCCCUCACCUGAGUCGUUUCGUGAGCCGUACCCUCUACCUAUACUAGCGAAACUCGAAGACAAUGUUCUGCCUCUUGUGAAGGCCCAGUUGUGGCUUUCUCCAGUUGAUGGGGAAGACUCCGAAGAAGUCCUACGUGAUGUCGACAUGAUUUGGGAUACCGGUGCCCAUUAUACUAUUAUAACUCUUGAAUUACUUUCAGAUUGUUUUCGCCGGAAGCUUGAAAGCGACGAGAAUGCGCCGUAUCGAAGUUCAGAGGGAACCACUAUCCAAAUCAAUGCAAGCAUCGCGUUGUCGAACAGUCCGAUCAGUAUCGAAGCCAUAGCUUUGGUUAGACCCAAGUCAAUGAUGCCAAACAAUUACAUUGGUAUCCUGUUUGGUCAACGCCAAUGUAUCAACUGCAUUAGCCAUACGCUAAUCCCACAGAGGGUGCUGCGUGCUAAAGAUGAGGAUGUUGAGGAAGGCGUUUGGGGUGAUAUUAUCUUGCAUGACUAUGUUGGUAUAAUGGGUGACAUUGUAUCUUUCUAA